GUCGCCAUGAAGGGGAGCGGCGCUCUGCUGGUGGUGGCUCUAACCCUGCUCUGCAUCUGCGGGCUGACCACCGCAGAGGAUGACAAUGAGUUCUUCAUGGAAUUCCUGCAAACGCUGCUGGUGGGAACCACCGAAGAGCUCUAUGAAGGGCCCCUGGGCAAGUACAAUGUCAAUGAUAUGGCCAAGGAAGCCCUGGGAGAGCUCAAGUCCUGCAUCGACGGCCUACAGCCUGUGCAUAAGGAACAACUGGUCAAGCUGCUGGUGCAAGUGCUAGACGACCAAGAGGACACAUAAGCAAGCCUGAGACAUGGUUUGGCUUCCAUGGACGACAGGACCAGCCCCACAAGCAGCCGUGGACGAGCCAAGACCACUGCUUCCUCAUGAAUCAAUUUACCCUCGAACUGUUAAAUCAAUAAAGCCCC